CCAAGGUUCAUCAAUGAGACAGAGCAGAACAUGGGUUCACCGGGGCAGGCCAAGCAGUGCCAGCUCCGGACCUUCCUGACCUACUACAUCAACGACCUGUUCCUGCACCAGGUCAGAACAGAGAUCAACAAGGAGAUCCGGGCCGUCAGUAAGACAGCAGACCCACUGAAAGUCCUGGCUAGUGCCGAUACUAUGAAGGUCCUGGCGGUGCAGAGGCCCCUGCUGCAGAGCACAGUAGUCGUGGAGAAGUCCAUCCAGGACCUGAUGACUCUGAUGCAGGACCUGAGUGCCUACUCCAACCAGUUCCUGGAGAUGGUCUGUGACAAGCUGAAGGAGUACAAGGAGGUCUGCAACACCUCGUACAGGGGCAUAGUCCAAUGUGAGGAGAAGCUGACCAUCAGUGCGUCGUGGUCUAAGGACGAGGACAUCAGCCGACUGCUCCAGUCUCUCCCCAACUGGGCUAACAUGGCCCAGCCCAGACAGCUCCGACAGAAGAGAGAGGAUGAGGAAGACUUUACCAGGGCGGCAUUUGCCAAGGAGUCAGAGGUGCUGACGGGUAACCUGGGUGACAAGCUGAUCCCGCAGAACGAGAUCCUGCGUGACGUGAGCGACCUGAAGGCCCUGGCCAACCUGCAGGAGAGCAUGGAGUGGCUGGCCUCCAGACUCAAAGGCUUCUUCAUCAACCUGCCCCACGCUGCCAGUGAGUAUACACGCACACGUGCAGAGGCAGGCAUACAUACAUACACACCUUAUGGCUUCCAUUCAUGCAGGGUUGGUGGGGUGUGUGUGGACUGAAGGGCUGCUUGUUCA